GAGGACGCCCAUUGCGAUUUCGACCUUCUCCUACCAGACAUUCACUGGUACGUCGUCGCAUCCUCGCCCACUCGGCAAUUGCCAACGCACCGUCUCGAUAGGCCUCGCCUUUCCGUCGCCGCCAUGAUCACCAGAUUCCUUACCGACGUUCGCGUAACCUUCAAUCCCUUCUCCCCGCGCUCAAAGCCCGCCCGCCUCUUCCUCUCCCUCAUACCGCCGGAUGCGCGCUCAGAUGGCAUGAAGAUUGAAUCCAAGAUGCUGCCACGACACAGCAAGGAGCCUGCGACCUUGGGUGUCAAGUUCAAAGAUGGAAAGGAAAUGAACCUGGAUCUCACAAACAUGCGUAUCCCACAAGUCGUCGAGGAGGUAGAUAGACACUCACGGUCACUGGCACGAAAAGAGGAGCUAGCAGGCAAUUAAAGGCCCAAUUUGAUGCAAAUAAUUGUACAUAUACACAUCCAUAAAGAGCAGAGGCUGGCGUCAUGGUAGCUUUUUUU